GGGUGGUGGCGGCGGCUUGUAUUAUUCCUGCCGCUUUCGAUUGUCUUUUCCCGACGGCGCGGAUUCUCCCUUCUUUUUCCUGUUUCCUCUUUUUUUAAAACGCCGCUUUUCAGUGUUACUGUUUUGCAAGGGGGCGCGGAUCGUGGGUGUGUCUUGAGGCGAGGAGGGCAAACAAUGGCGAGGAGGGCUCGUUGAGAGCGCGCCGGGAGAGGAUCUCCUCGCUUCUGCACUCCCACCCCCUCCCCAUACAAAAUUGGGCAAAGUCCGGACGGCUCGUGUUGCCCACCCCGAGCCGCCCCCUCCUCCCCACCCCCUCCCCUCUCGGGAGAUGGAGGGCGAGCUCUGAUCCAAGAGGGAGCAAAGGCGCGCACGCCUAGCCGCGUGCAUUACAAUGGAGCGAGGGGCUUCCAGCUUCCAGCAGCCUCGGAAGUGCUGCUCUGGGCGAAGGUAAAACGCCCCUUUGGAUCGCCUUAUCUUUUUUGGGGGGCUGCUGUUUUGGAAACUCGAAGGCAGGCCCCAGACAAAAGGCGUCGGCGUCGGGGAGGCUCGCCAAGGCGCAGGGAAGGACAAGGCUCGGCCGUUUUGGUUUUGAAGCGCAAUGGCCGAGGAUGGCUGCCGGCUGCUGCUUUCGGGCGCCCUCUGAGUGAGGUUGUCACUGGCAACGGGAGGCCGAGGGCUGUUGCUGCUGCUGCCGCCGCUUCUGCUGCAACCGGAGGAGGGCGGCUUCCGCGCCAGCGCGGCCAUGGGCAAAUGCAACGGGCGCUGUACGUUGGUGGGCUUCUGCUGCCUGCAACUGAUCGCAGCCCUGGAGAGGCAAAUAUUCGACUUUCUGGGUUACCAGUGGGUGCCCAUCCUGGCUAAUUUUUUACACAUCAUGGCUGUCAUCCUGGGAGUCUUUGGCACCAUUCAGUACAGAUCCAGAUACCUCAUACUGUAUGCAGUGUGGCUCGUGCUUUGGGUUGGAUGGAAUGCAUUCAUCAUCUGCUUUUACCUGGAAGUAGGACACCUUUCACAGGACCGAGACUUCAUCAUGACCUUUAACACAUCGCUACAUCGCUCGUGGUGGAUGGAGAACGGGCCUGGUUGCCUGGUGACCCCGGUGAUGAACUCCAAUCUGGCCCUCGAAGACCAUCACGUCAUCACAGUCACUGGGUGCUUGCUUGAUUAUCAGUAUAUUGAGGUGGUGAGCAGUGCAAUGCAGAUAUUCCUUGCGCUCUUCGGAUUUGUUUACGCCUGCUAUGUCAGCAAAGUGUUUAUGGAGGAAGAAGACAGCUUUGAUUUCAUUGGGGGAUUUGAUUCAUAUGGCUACCAGGCACCCCAAAAGAUGUCACACUUGCAGCUACAGCCUUUGUAUACCUCUGGAUAACUGUUUCCUUAACUACAGUGAGCUGGCCCCUGGGGACGUUUGCAAAAACGUGAGGCAAGCAGGGUGCCGAAUAUGAUAAAAUGAUUCCAAAGCCAAAUGGCAGUCACCUCCUCUGGAGAUCUGGUGUGGCCUGAAAUCCCUCCCAGAGACAACACAGUGACUCUUCCUCGGGUUCAUUUCCUCCCCUCCUUUCUCUUUAACUCCUUCAUUUGAGUGGCCACAGAGAGUUUUCAUGCACCUGGAAGAUGAUUCUGGCACAAGGUCUCUCUGCUCAAGACUGAGGAACCGAAAAGAAGCUCGACGCUCCACCUGCUGGCCAGUGUUUGUAGUGGUGCUGGUAACUCCAGCAAAUUUUUUAAAAAGGAAAAUCAAGCAAGGGCAAUAUUAUGUUUCAGAGAGGGCAAGGAAAAGCCCUAUUUUUAAGGAAGAACUUUUUCGGAUUUUGAAGUGUUGCUCUAUUUUUUUUUAAAUUGUUCCAGAUCACUUCCUGUUGUCCCAUUUGCUUCUGAGCAAAUGGCUUUGCAAUGUGGCACAGGCUGCAAGAGAAUCCAUACAUUGCAAUAAAGAGAUAGAUAGAUAUAU